UAAAGAUUUAGAACAAACCAUUCAAAAUCAAUCAGAUGAUAAUGAUAAUAAUAUAGCUAAUACUGCAAAAAUCAAUAAGGCUUUAGUACGUCUAUUUGUAUAUUGUGGUAACUAUUUGGAUGCAGAAAUAGCAAAUAUCACAUUAAAAGUUGAAGAAGAAUUACGCUUCUUAAAAAAUUUAACUUUAGGUUAG